AUGUCUCGCGACGUCAGCGUCGACGCGUCCUUCCUCGAGUCCCAGCGAGCCAAGGCCGAGGAGCGCCGGCGCCGCUUCGAGGCCGCGGCGAGGGAGCCGCCGCCGCCGCUGCCAAAGCGCUCGAUGGCGUGGCCGGGCGGGAAGAUCGUGACGCCCAACAAGGUCGAGGCCAUCGCGUCUUUUCUCGAGCGCAAGGCGGGCUCGCUGGACGAGGCCAAGGAGCGGGUCCUCCUCGGUGAGCUCGGCCGGGCUGCCGCAGAGGCGGGAGCCGGUGCCGCCGCCGCAGCCAGCGCUGGAGCGGCCGCGGCCUCCGGAGCGGCCGCGUCGUCCAGCAGAGCGCUCGCCGGCCUGACCCUCGCCCUGAGCGCGGGCGGCGACGAGUCGGGCGUCGGCCAGGCGGAGCUUGCAAAGUCGAUCCGCGCUGCGGGAGGCGUGGUGAGCAACACGGUACACAAGCGGGUCGACCUGCUCGUCGCGAGCGCCCGCGCCGUCAAGCGCAACACGCAGGCAGUCCGCAAGGCGAGGGGCAAGUUCCGCACGCCGAUCGUCUCUCCCGGCCCAGGCUAG